AUGGCUCUGCCUGACUGGCUUGAUGACUCUCGGAAUCCCACUCUGUGGAUCACGACCAUCUAUCCUCUUCUCAUUUUCGUUCUCGCCUAUGCCAGCUACUUCCGAAUGCAGGCCUUGAUUGAAAGCUUCCCGCUCCCCCCCGAUGAUUCCGCAGACACAAAAGAAAUCGAAAACGAAACAUUGGAGGCCGGAGAUGCCUCAUCCGCAGACUACGACAUGGUGGCGGAUGAUGCAACAAUGACAACAGGACGUGCGGAUAAACCUAGCUCGUCCACCGAAGCUCCAGAUCCUCGAGUUGCAUCCAAGAGGAACGAAUCGACGACACCCAAGCAAAAGUCAAAAAGGCCCUCUCUACACACCAAAUACGUCCAAGGAUUUCUCAUCUACGGCCUACAAGUAUUGCUAACCCAACGACUGGGAGUCCUUGCUAUUAGCCGGGCGCAUGAGAGCCACAGCUUUGCUGCCAAAUUGUUCUGCGACGGAGUAGGCGCAAAACGAGCCACAUUCUUCGCGAGCAAAUUCAUCCAAAGCUCUGCAAUUGGAGGAGUGUUGUGCACGACGCAGACGUACAUGUCGGAGAUUCUCCCGCCAAAGCUUCGAGGAUCCAUCAUGGCUUUCUUCCCCGUAUUCACUCUUCUUGGACAAUUGAUUGGCGCAGUCGUCGUUUAUUCCUCCCUGGACUAUCCCGGAAAUCGAUCAUACACCACUCCGAUCAUUGCUCAGUGGCCCUUUUCAGCCGUGCCUUUGGUCCUGGCUGCCCUGAUACCAGAAAGUCCCACCUACCUGUUGAGGAAGAAGCAGUUUGACCGGGCCUUCAAGUCUCAGAAGCGUCUGGAUAGUUCGCGGACAAACACCCAGACUAACAUUGACAAUCUGAUCUUCUCGCUCCAGAAGGAAGAAGAGAGUGCAAAGUAUGACAGAGCGACGUACACCGAAUGCUUCCAAGACACCAACAGACGAAGAACUCUGCUUGUGAUAUUUGCAAACAUUCUCCCGCAGCUGUUCGGUUUGUCUCUGCUUUCCGAUGCUAGUUACUUUAUUCAGAUGGUUGGGAUGAGCGCCGACAAUGCUCUCCUAUUCCUUCAACUCGGUGUUGGGCUAGGGCUGCUUGCAAACAUCAUCAGCAUGUGGGUACUUACUAAGGUAGGACGAAGGAUUCUCAUGAUGAUUACCUUGGUCAUCACAACGGUCCUCUGGUUGGGAAUGGGGGUCGCUGGGUGUUUUGAAGGCGUCGUCGUAAUCUAG